CUCAUGAAUCACAACACUCGCUCUUGAGGGCGACGUGAACCAGCAUCAUGUCUCGCCUCAUUGUCAAGAAUCUCCCAAACUACCUCUCCGAUGCUCGCCUCAAGGAGCACUUCGGCCAACGAGGCCUGGUCACAGAUGUCAAGCUCAUGACACGUCCCGAUGGCACCUCGAGACGAUUCGGCUUCGUCGGCUACCGCACUGAAGAGGAGGCGCGCGAUGCUCUGGCUUAUUUCAACAGGACCUUCAUUGAUACCAGUCGCAUUCAGGUGGACUUGGCAAAGCGGAUAGGGGAUGAAGGGCUAGCGAAUGAGAGGGAAGUGAGAAAGCAGAGACGAGAUCAGGGCAGAGGAGAGGAAAGCCAUCGGGUCAUCGAGGUCGCCGGUGAGCAAAGCGCUGCUGCUGGAAAGAAGAGCAAAAAGGAGAAGGCAGCAGAGAAGUCAAAGGCCAGCAAGGGCGUAUCUUUUGAAGAGUUCAUGGCAGUCAUGGCGCCCAAGAAGAAGCGCAAGACUUGGCAGAACGAAGAGGACGAUCCGGAAGAGAAGCUCAAGGACAGCAAUGCUACAGCAGCCGCGGUAGAGGAGGCUGGCGAGCUGAGAAAGGCAAAGAAGGCGAAGCAAGCCGCCACAGAGGCCGAUGCUGCCGCCUCAGCGCCCGCCACUUCGGCUCCUACACAAGAGGAAGAUCGCGAAGUCACACCAGAUGCUGCUCUGAACGACGAGGAGCUUACCGACAUGGAUUACCUGGCCCGGCGCAUGAAGCGCAAUGUGGCGGCAGAGGAACCAGUCAAGACAUUCGAGCAGUCCGAUUCUGAAGACGAAAAGGACAAGGAUGAGGAGGACCAGGACAGCGAAGCUGAAUCAGAGGUCGAAGACGAAGCAGCAAAAGCUCGCAUCGAGAAGCAACGACUCAGUGCUGAGGAGAAAGCAAAGAAGGACCAAGAAGCAGUGGAUACGAUCAUGGCCAGUGGACGAAUCUUCAUCCGCAAUCUGCCCUUCGCUGCAACUGAAGAAGACGUGACGAAGCACUUCUCCUCUUUUGGCCCACUCAAACAGACACAUAUCCCACUCGACAAGUCAAAGAAGACGUCGAAGGGUCUCGCCUUCGUUUCCUUUGAGACUCCCGCUCAUGCAUUGGCAGCAUACCGAGCCGCUGAUGGUACUACCUUCCAAGGCCGGCUACUCCAUCUGCUGCCAGCCGUCGAUCUUCGACCUCGACCGGAUGCUCCGAAGACUUUGAAGCAGUCAAAGUCAGAUGAGCGCAAAGCAAAGGCAGACAAGGACUUCAGUUGGAGCAUGCUGUACAUGAGCGGUGACGCUGUCGCAAGCAGCAUCUCACAGCGCUUGGGCGUUGACAAGGCGGAUAUUCUCAAUCCUUCCGACGAUGGGGGAGACAGUGCUGCCGUACGGCUUGCUCUCGCCGAGACUCGAGUGAUACAAGAAACCAAGGAGUUCCUUGAGAGGGAAGGCGUCAACGUCUUAGCUUUUGAGGACGGCAAGGCUGGCAAGAAGACUCGCAGCGAUACCACCAUCCUGGUCAAGAACAUCCCCUACGGUACUACGCCGGAGUCUAUCCGUGAGAUGUUUGAGAGACAUGGAGAGGUCGAUCGCGUUCUCAUCCCGCCUACUGGCACUCUAGCGCUAGUGGAAAUGGCUAUCCCUGGAGAGGCUCGUGUGGCAUUCAGAGCCUUGGCGUACAAGCGUCUGGGCAACUCUAUCCUCUACCUCGAGAAAGCUCCCGUAGGCCUCGUCACUCCCUCUGCGGCCCAGACCAAGUCGACGACCGACGUAGCAGCUGCUCGAACGCCAAUCGCUGCCCCCGCCAGCAAGCAGCAGAUGCUGCUGGGAGCAGGUUCCGGCUCAGAGGCCGACGCUGAGCCCGGCGCGACCCUCUUUGUCAAGAACCUCAACUUCUCCACUACAGACGACAGCCUGGCUGCCUUCUUCAGCGCUCUGGCCGACUUUGCCUUUGCUCGAGUACAGACCAAGGUCGAUGCGCGGGACUCUCCCAAGAGGCUCAGCAUGGGCUACGGCUUCGUUGGGUAUCGCAACGUCUCGGCAGCGCAAGCCGCUUUGGACACACUGAACGGGAAAGACCUCGAUGGCCACUCCCUCUCCUUGUCCUUUGCCAGACGAGGGCAAGACGCAGACGACCGUGCACCCUCUGCAAAGGGCGCGAGCACCAAGCUGGUAGUGAAGAAUCUGCCCUUCGAAGCGACGAAGAAGGACGUGCGCACACUCUUCUCCUCGUACGGUCAGCUGAAGUCGGUGCGCGUACCCCGCAAGGCAGCCUCUGUCGCUGGCGCUGCUGGUGGCGGUGCACGAGGAUUUGCCUUUGUAGAGUUCACUACGAAGAAGGAGGCACUCAGUGCUUUUGAGGCUCUGAGACACACCCAUCUCCUCGGUCGUCACUUGGUGCUGGGUUGGGAUAAUGAGGAUGGGAAAGAUGUAGAGGGUAUGAGGGAGAAGGUGAAAGAGACGUUCGAUAGCGCGAGGGAUGCUGGUGCUCGUAGGAGAAAGGAGAAGCUGAAGCUUGGAGAGGAGGAUAUUGCUGAGGCUGCGAGGAAGGAGAGGGAGAAGAGGGGAGGGGAUGAUGAUUGAGGGAAGGCGGGAUUCGAAUUUGAUCGUUAAGCUGCCGUGUACUUGUAUCUACUCUUCUGUUGUACCGACUAAGCAGUUCGCGCCGCCAUUUUGAACCUCACAAGAUGCUGUUG